AGGAGAAAGGAGAGAUAGAGAGAGAAUGUGGCUAAGAGCGGGGCACAGCGCCUGCUGUCUUCAUCCCUGCACCGCAAGCGGCAUUCUCCCUCUGCCAGUGAUGAGGACUCUUAAAGAGGACAAAGAAGGAAGAAAGAAGGCCUGAACAAAGAAUAGUGAAAAAGCUAUCUGAGGAAUGAGGAUACCAGGAUUUUUCUGCAUUGAUUUGAGUCCCACUGCUUCUCUCAGACAUGUUUCAUUUGCCUGCUCUUUUCUUCCAUGUCAAUCCACUACUUUUCUGUGCUGGGAGAAGAUAUCAAAGUUAAUGUCAAUGUCGGCAGUUACAAUGUAACAGAUGAAACAAAAUGUACAAAAAAAAACUUCCAACCCAGAGGUUGAUAAACAAUGAAUCUUUGGGAAGAUUCAGCAGCCAUCCGCCACCUGCAAAGAUCAACUGGAGUGCCAGGGUUGAAAGGAAGGGGACUCACACAAUAGAUGCCCCCCUACAACCCUCUCUUUUAUCCUCACCAUCCAACACACAUGGGCACACUGCCAACUCGGAAUCUUAAGAACUCUCAUUCAAAGAACCCCCCUUAAGAAGGGGAUUUGUUCAAAGCCAGGACCCAUUCUCUCUCCCAGUCCUUGUAUUUGUCCCCUUUCAUAUCCCCAUGAGACGAGCGAUUUUUGCUUGAUUAUUCUCCGACACUGCAACUGGGAUUUCUAAAAUUGCCACUCCAGCAGCGUUUUGUCAGAUUUAUGAAUUUUAUCAGUGAAGGGAUGCCAUUCUCGCUCCAACGUGGACACAGCCAGAGGAGGAGGAAAUGGAGUCAGAAGAGCUGCACAGAAGACAUCGCACUAAUGCAGGACAUGGGGAUGGUGGACAAGUAUACCAUGACUAUCCGAUCACCUUGCGUCACCCCAAAGACCUCCUUUUUCAAACAGCAUAUCAAGGAGCCGGUCACAGAUGUCCUGAUGGAGAUGUUCCUAGAGACAGAACCUAUACGCACUGGCAUUGUUGCCACCUGUCGGAGGCCUAUCAAGGGUGCAGCGGUGCGACCAGUCCAGUUUAAAUACCCAGACCUGCCUGCCAGUCCCAUGACCCUACAGAGACAGGCAUUGGAGCGCCGCCUGGUGCCUCUGUGGGCCCAGAUCCUGGUCUUCCUCAUCUUGACUUGCCUUCUCUACCUCAUCUACUCUGCCAUGGAGCACAGCUCGGACCAUCCCUUUGUGGCCUUCCUGGACAACCUCAGUAUGGGGACGGAGACUGAGGGACUGUCGCUCCAGGAUGACCCUUAGGACUCAUCUGUACACCCGCUCUAGGGAGGAGUAACUCCCCUGCUCUAGGUCUGUGUACUGAUUCUCCACCCUUCUCUUAAAGGGAGAUAUCCUUUUAUGCAUGGAUUUAAUAAUGGAUAAAACUUAAUCCAGCCAAUGCUUAUACCAAUCCUAAACUUUCAAAUCCAUGAUGAGAAGUAGUGCACACUUCGGGAAAAGGAAGGAUACUCCACAAAUUGGUUUACAGUUGUUGUGAGGAACUUCAUUUGGUCACUGUAAUUCUCCUUUACACUUUGGAUGAUGUCACUCUUAACCAAGCAAGGUAGCCAUUAUAACCUUGUUGGUUGGAAAAUGUUCAGGUGAAACUACUGUUCAAAUAUAUACAGUGAUUAGGCCUAAUUUAGAGAAAUAAUACCAUUUUGAGAUUUGUAACUUAAAUGGAAUAUUUUUUGUAUUUAAUUAAAAGUAUGUAUCAAUGAGAAAUUAAUGGAGUUACGGCUACAAUUUACACAUAGGUUCGGUUGGGGUUAUCAAAGUCCAGUCUGUGUUAGAGCUCAUCAAAGAUGUGGCCAGUGACAGUAUUCUCUUGUUUUAAAGGUUUGUAAAUGUAUUUUUUAUUCAGUACAGUUUUUAGGCACUGAAAUGUCAAACUAAAAAGCAAUAUUAAAAAAUAUAUUUUGUGAAUACUCAUUACCUUUUCGAACUUAUCUGUAAUUUUUCAGUUUCUAUUUUGGAUGUGAAAUAGCUACUUAAAAAAAAAUAAUGUCAGGGAAUUCAGUGUUUUUUUCAAGAGUUGCUUUUGUGUUGUCUGAGUUAUUUUGAAUAAAGAGAUGAUUUGUUUCA